CACCCAAAAACCGCACAGCUCCCGUCCCCAUCAGUUACCGUCCGGCGCCGCCCCUCCCAUGGAUGCGGCCAGCCCCCAAUCCCAGCGCCCCGAUGCCGCUCCCCUCCUCCGAUGGCCUUCCUUCCUCACGCGUUGCACCCUCCCCACAACGUCGAUCUACUCCCGACGCGCCCGCCAACCGCGCAUCUCGGAUCCGGCGCACCUCCCUACCGUCGGCGAAGCGGCCCCAUACCCGGUGCCGCUCCUCCCUCCCGACGCCGCACCACCGUCCCCAGCUCGCCGCACCACCCUCCCGUCGCCGCUCCCUCCCCAGAUUCGCCCCCAACCCCGGCGGCGCACAGCCCUCCCGGUGCCGCACCCAACACGCGACAUCGCUAUCCUCCUCCAGGCCGCACCAUCCCCCCGACGGGGCUACUGAAACCGUCUAAGCCCAUGCUGCUGUGCGACCUCAUCUUGUUAUCCCGUUCGUUGAUUUGUAAUCGCCCUCUCGGAUGGAGCCUUCUGAUCCUGUGCCCGCCCAGUCAGCAAAUGUUCAACGAGGUUCGCCGCAAGUCCACUCAUCAAGAUACCGGUCAGUGGUUGGUGGACCGUAUGCCUAGCAACCCGAAGAAAAUGGCAUUUAUUAGCACACAGGAGAGGUUCGAGGUUCCUCUCCGUCCAGAGCUAUGGUCUUCUGUGUUUUCUCCUCCAUGAGUUCCAUGGUCAGUUUUUAAUUCUUGCCCCUGCGGCUAUCCCUACUCGUGAGUGCAAAUGUGAGCAAGGUGGUCCAUAUAUUUCUGUAGUUUUAGUGGCAUAAUGACAUGAAAGCUAUCCCUUCAUGUUUGGGUGCAAGUGCGUUUAGCAGAUGAAAUAAAUGUGUGUAUGGAGUUCAAUUUAUCAUUCUUGUAUGUUUGUUCAUAUCCGCUGAUAUAUUCUAUCACGAGACCAUUACUGCUGCUAUAUCUGUAGAACUUUUUGAAGCAUCAGCAUUAAUUAUUGUCACAUUCCUUUAU